AUGUCGAACAAACACCUACUUACUUCUCUCUCCUCCGUUCUCCGACGAACCCUAACUCCGACGUCUCAUUUCUCAUUCAAUUCCACCAGGUGGUUUCAAUCUGGCACUUUCUUCUCACCCUAUGUAAAAACACACCACCGCCUUUUCCCGUGUAGCGGAUUGGAUUUUCUCGAGAUUCACAACAUUCCCGGAAAAUGUUUUACCUCCUCCCAAUCAGCGGAGAAAGCCAGCGCCAAGUGCUGGAACUGUAGUGCCGCGGCUGAAGCGGUGCCGUUUCUGUUGUGUUCAUCUUGUCGGUGCAUUCAACCUGUGGAUCAGUCGGUGGAUUACUUUCAGAUAUUUGGACUGGAGAGAAAGUAUGACAGUGUGGUGGACAAUCUGGAGGGACAGUAUAAGGAAUGGCAGAAAAAAUUGCACCCUGAUCUUGUUCAUACAAAAUCAAAGGAGGAAAGAGAGUAUGCUGCUGAACAGUCUGCUCGUGUGAUUGAUGCAUACCUCACACUUAGCAAGCCCUUGGCGAGGGCAAUCUACAUUUUGAAGCUUGAAGGUGUGGAUGUUGAUGAAGAAGAGACACUUUCAGAAUCAGAGUUGUUAACUGAGAUUCUGGAAAUCAGGGAAGCUGUUGAAGAAGCUGCUGACGCUCAGGCUUUAGUUCAGAUUCAGUCUCAGAUGCAAGAGAAAAUGAAGCACUGGUCUAACUCUUUUGCAAAUGCAUUUCGAAGCCGGAACUUUGAUGAAGCUCUAAAAGCUAUCCGGAGAAUGACUUACUAUCAGCGUGUGAAAGAGACUAUUAUAAAGAAGCUGUAG